AUGUACCUGCGUGGCAUGGCCCGUGCCCCGCGCCUGCUCCCCGCUGGGACCCCCUGGGGGCUGCUCCGGCGCUGCCUCCAGCACCGAGCUGUCAUCUUUGAGGCCCUGCUCCUGCCAUCCCCUCACAAGGUGGCCAUGGGCUGGGAGGCCCGGAAUUGUAUUCCAGCCGGCACAUUCCAGCAGGCUGUACUCUCUGGAGGGGAAAACAGUCCCACUCGGAAGUAUACCCGAGGAGAGCUGACAGCUGUGGAGUUUUUGCAGGAGUUGGGACAGCAGUGCUUUGAGAUUGCCAAUGUCUGUGUUCCAGUGGACUCAUUUAUUUCUGACUUAAUAAAAAAUGAGAUGAUAAAACAGCUCCCCAUGAUGGCAGAAGCUGUGCAGUGUAUCCGUGCAGAAGGUCUGAAGACAGCUCUUCUAAGGAACAACUUCUGUCUGCUGAAUGGAGGGAGCUUUCUGCCCCUGGAUCCAGAGCACUUUGAUGUGAUGAUUGAAUCCCAUCUGGAAGGGAUGCACAAGCCAGAUCCUGGGAUCUACCAGCUGUGCUUGGAACGCUUGGGUGUUCAGCCUCAGGAAUCCAUACUCCUCGACAACAGCAGCCAGAGCCUAAAAGCAGCAGCCCAGCUUGGCAUGAAAACGGUGCAGAUUGAUGAUCCAAAAGUAGCACUCCAAGAGCUGGAAACCUACCUGGGUUUCCCUUUGCAAGGGUUUGUUCCAUAUACUCGUUCAGUGAGACAAAGCACGGAAAUCCCAAAAGAUCGUCUGCAAAAGUACCUUGAAAAUCUUUUUGGUGACCAGGCAAGAGGCCCACUGGUGUUACGGCAGUUUGGCCACAGACCAUCUACCAGGACCUAUUCCAUCAAGUUUGGAGAUCACUUGUUGGUGCUGAAGAAGGAGCCCCCUGGCAACCUGUGUCCCUCAGGCCCGGCUGUUGGAAGGGAGUACAGGGUACUGAAGGCCCUCUCUGAGGCUGGUGUUCCUGUUCCCACUGUCCUUGCUCUCUGUGAGGACCAAAGCAUCCUUGGCACACCCUUCUACCUCAUGGAGCACUGUGCUGGCCGUGUCUACAGCGACGCCUCCCUCCCCGCGCUGCAGCCAGGCCAGAGAAGGGCUGCUUAUGCUGCCAUGAGCCAAGCCCUCUCCAAGAUCCACAGCACAGACUUCAGAGCAGCCAAGCUGGAGGACCUCGGGGGGCAUGGUAAUUACAUUCAGCAGCAGGUUGAGACCUGGACAAAGCAGUACCGAGCUGUGGAAACUCACACUAUCCCAGCCAUGGAGAGACUCAUGGAGUGGCUGCCUCUGCAUUUUCCUGAGUCUCAGAAGACAACGGUUGUGCAUGGGGAUUUCAGGAUGGACAACCUGGUCUUUCAUCCAGACAGGCCAGAAGUCCUUGCUGUCCUUGGCUGGAAGCUUUCAACUCUAGGAGAUCCCAUCUCUGAUUUGGCGAAUAACUGUAUGGCCUACUUCCUGCCACCUCACUUUAGUGCUCUGAGAGGCGUGAGGAAGUCUGAUCUGGGGCGCUUGGGAGUCCCCACGGCAGAGGAGUAUUCCCAGAUGUACUGGAGCCAGAUGGGAAUGGAGCAUCCUGAGAACUGGAAUUUCUACAUGGCCUUUGCCUUCUUCCGCCUGGCUGCGGCGCUGCGGGGGCUACGGACACGCUCUGCGGCAGGUGAAGGCAGCCGUGAGGAUGUAGAGUUUGUGGCCGACCUGGCUUGGGAGUUUGCCAUAAAAGAAGGAUUCCGUGUCUUUGACAGCCUCCCCACCAGGAAGCCUCUCACACGACGUUACAGCACCUGGUCCAGAUGCAGAGAGAGCCAGGACCAAAGCAGCAGGGCUGAUGAUGCCUGGACAGGCCAUGGAUCAAGAGCACCAGGAGCACAAGGGGUGCUGCAGAGGAACCUGGGGGUGGCUGUGCUGGUCCUCAACACCAGGACCAUGGGGCUGUAG